AUGCCGAGUCUCCCUUGGACCUAUCUGGCGAUGGCUUGCUCCCUCGUCACAGGUGCUCUCGGCCAGUACCAGAAUUGGGCUCUUUCCCUGGCUGCUGCCGACAGACUCCUGGCAAAUCUUACACUCGCGGAGAUUGCCAACAUAACCGCAGGACAAAAUGUGAAGGGAGUCUUUGCCCAGACCUCGAGUCUAGACGGCCCCAAUGGAGUCAAUACCCUUGUCGGGGUGAGUAGUUUCGUUGUUGCUCAAACCGCCGCCAUGUCGUGGGACAGGGAUCUUAUCGAAACACAAUAUGCUGCAAUGGCCGAGGAGUUCAAGGCCAAGGGCUACGGAGGAUCCUUGGGCCCAGUCACAGGUCCAUUGGGAAGGAGCGUGAAAAGUGGCAGACUUUUCGAGGGGUUCGGUAGUGAUCCCUAUCUCAAUGGGAAGCUGUUUGCCAGUGCCGUCACGGCGCUUCAAAAGAAUGGCGUCGUUUCUACUGGAAAACACUUUCUAGGCAAUGAACAAGAGACCAACCGGAGCACAUAUUUGGACCCCACCGAAGAUCCUAACAAGAGAACAUCCAGUAACAUCGAUGAUCGCACCACUCAUGAGCUGUACCUCUGGCCGUGGAUCGAUGGUGUUGCAGCGGGCCUGGGCUCGGUCAUGUGCGUCAUGAACCGAGUCAAUGGUUCCUUUGGCUGCCAGAAUCACUAUCUACUUACCGAGUUGCUCAAGGGCGAAGUCAACUUCCAGGGUCAAAUAGUCCCCGAUGCGACGGCGGUCGUUGAUCCUUUUGCCGCCCUCAACGCCGGUCUCGACAAUGCGGCGAUGGCUGGCGGCAGUGGCAAAGGCAUCAUGGCUGCGAUCAACAAUGGAACAGUCUCGGAAAAGGUCAUUCGUGAAGCCGCACGUAGGGUCGUUGCUGUACAACUCGAGAUACGAAAUGGAUCUUCAACACUGCCGUCCCCACUGACCCUGCAAAACACACCAAUCCGCGACCCGAACACGAAGACCGUCAUUCGAACCGUCGGAGCGCAUUCCAUCGUCCUACUCAAAAACAAGGGAAACGCUUUACCUUUUAGAAACCCCAAAAACAUUGCGGUGUUUGGGGCUGACGCAAUCAACAACGGAGCCGGCCCGACGUGGGUCGAAGACGUCGCAACUUUCCUCGGAGACACGUAUCCCGCUCACCUCGUCACGGGUGGUGGUUCAGGGUCGUCGUCGAGUCCGUACAUCGUCUCACCUCUUGACGCGUUGACAUCCUUGUCGGCUCAAAAUGCAUCGUUUGAGGUCAAGUACAUCGCCACCAACAAUUGGACCGUUGCUGCUGCGGGACCCCAAAGCCCUCUUGGAAAUCCUCAACCGACCAUUGCCCAAUGGGCCGGAUACUCGGACACGUGUCUGGUUUUUAUCAAUGCAUACUCCAAGGAAGGAGCCGAUAGGGAAUCCCUCAGCGAUGCCGAGCAAGACACCAUGGUCAAGAAUGUCGCAAAGUAUUGCAACAAUACCAUUGUGGUUAUGAACACCGUGGGUGCGAGGAUUGUUGAUGCUUGGAUCGACCACCCGAAUGUCACGGCCGUCCUCAACGCCGGUGCUUUGGGUGAAGAAUCGGGAAAUGCCAUCAUGGAUGUUUUGUUCGGCGCCGUCAACCCGGCCGGUCGUCUACCGUACACCAUUGCCCACAAGGAGUCGGAUUAUAAUGGCGACAUCUGCCCUUGUUGCGAGUGUGAUUACGUCGAAGGUUUGUUCAUCGAUUACCGACACUUCGACAAGGCGGGAAUCAAUCCUCGGUUCGAAUUCGGUUUCGGUUUGAGUUAUACGACUUUCAACUAUUCCGGUGCGACUGCAUCACUGAGUGAUGGUGGUGGUGGUGGUGGGAGUAAAACCCAAUUCAACGCCUCCGCCGGUGGACCUUUGGUCCCAGGUGGUCCCGGUCAACUUUUCGACACCGUCGCCACCGCCUCCGUCACGGUCAAAAACACCGGCGCGGUCCGAGGUGACGAGGUGGUUCAACUGUACGUGUCUUACCCUCCGGGUUCGGGUGAACCGGUCAACCAACUCCGCGGGUUCACGAGGCUACACGACUUGAAACCGGGGGCCUCGGCCGAGGCGGGUUUCACCUUGCAGAGACGAGAUCUGAGUGUUUGGGACGUCUCUUCACAGACCUGGACGUUGUUGAACGGGACGUACCGGAUCCAUUUCGGCAAGAGUAGUCGACAGUUCGAGGGGGGUUCGGCCAACCUGACCCUGAACGUGACGUGA